UCUAUGCCAUCGGUCCCCACUCUAGAUGAGGCAACUAACCCAAUGUUUAUUCAAAAGAAAAAGGCCGAAUGCUGCUUUGAAAUUUAGACUAAUAGAUUUUGCUCUCUGUUAUAGCUUUUAUCAAUGGAAGAGUUAAGAGAGCAACGUCUUAUUGAUCCUCGUCUUCCAAGAACUUAUUGGAACAAAGUUGCUACAUCUGAAUUAAUUCCCUGGCCGAUAGAGAUACGGUUCUGUGAACCUAGACCUGCUACAAAUCAGACCAAGACUCCUCAUAGUUUGAGAUUCUGGUUUAGAUCAAAGGGGAAGUUGUCAGAUGAUCAGGCCUUGCAUAGGUACUACAUAUCUUUGAAAGUGUUGAGUUUUUGUUAAAAUUUGUUUUCUCAUGGAAAACUUUUGCUGUGAGAAAAAAUUUGAUUGAAGAAUUUGUGAA